GAGCGGCGGUUAAUGCCGGUAAACAGCUAACGCUGUUAGCGGCACUUUAGCCGCAGCGUCUAAUCCGCUGCCGACGUAUUAUCUAUCGAUCUAUCCGCGGAUUGCGCACAUUCCCAUCCGCCGCCGUUCACUUCCGCGGGGCAUGUAGCUGCUGCUGCGCGCUGCGCUCUUCCCAGCCGACCUUCAUAAUCUCGCAUUAAUCCCGGCUGACUUUUACCGCGGUAACCUUUUCCCGGGAAUUAAUUUUCCAUUUCUCCGCCGUGGCACUUUCCACGUUCCUCCCGAGGUCAUCUCGCUGUCCGACCAUGUCGGCGGAGAACCACAACCUCCUGACGGCUAGUAGCCGGCGCGAACGCAUCGACCGCUGGUUCAGCUCCCCCUGGAAAUCCCUCAUCCUCCUGCGCUCCCGCAGCAAGGAGAUCAGCGACGCCGACCUCCAUUCCCCCACGCCGGCACCCGACACCGUCCUCCCACGCCAGAUCUUCGGCCCGAACCGUGACCCCGUCCUGGUGGAGGACGUCGAGGGGGGCCGGUACACCCUGGGCUACCUCUGCGACAUCGACGUGCCCAGCCACCGCAUCCUGGUGGACCGGAAGUGCCCGCACACCCCGCCGGAGUGGAUCCCGGCCGACCGGGUGUGGGCGCACUGCGCCGUCCCGCGGGACACCAUCACGCCGGACACGGCGCUGCUGGCCGCCGUCCGCGCCGACUCCGGCGCGCCCUACGUGUUCCAGCCGGCGCGGGUGUUGUUCGUCGGGAGUUUACUCUACGUCCAGACGCUGCACGACCACCUCCGCCGCUUCGUCCAUCCGCAGCAGGUCCGCCUGCUGGCUCCCACCGACGCCGGCGUCCCCGGCAUCGCCGACCCGGUGCGCGUCAUGCAGUCGAUUAAAUCGGCGCGCUGGCGGUAUAAAAAACGCGCCGUGCAUCUGGAUCCGUGGCAGGACGCGGAGAAGAUCAAUAUGGAGAAGCUGCUGGACGCGCUGAUGGGAUACAAGAACACCCACGGGGAGCGGUCGGUGGUGCGGAUCCGCGUGGAGCGCGAGCGGGUGCAUUUUUUCUACCGGGAAUACACGGAGCAUUCGCUGUCGGAGUCGGAGCUGCGCGAGCUGGUGCAGGUGGCGCUGCGCGGCGGGGUUCACGGCUCACCGGAAGCGCUGCGCAGUCGGCCGCCGCGGGUCCUGCACAGCCGCAGCAACUCCGGCGAGGACGGCGCCGGGCUGGCCGCGCUGCCGGCCGCCAUGCAGCGCCGCGUCCUGGCGCACGUCGAGGAUAUCCACAGCGUCGUCAGCGCCAUGCGGGUCUGCCGGCUGUGGCGGGACUGCCUGCAGGAGCACUGGCCGUCGCCGCACAUCGCCGUGGACGUCAGCCGUGCCACCAGCGUGCCGAGCCACAGCCGCAAGCAGGAGCAGAAGGACGGCCUGCACCAGCUGGUCACCAUCCUCGACCACGCGGUCACCCCCCACACCGUGACCUUUACCCUCUUAGGCAACCUGAACCCGGCCCUGGAGGUGGCGGUGCAGCAGUGUCUGCGCUGCAAGAACAUCCGCCUGCCGCUGCUCGUCCUCAAGCAGUGCACCUGGUGGCGCCCCCUGGCCCCCGACCCCCACCGCCCCGCCCUCCACUUCGCCGGGCUGCAGCCGCUGAUGGCCGUCAGUCAGCGCCUGGCCUUCCGCCGCGUCACCGUCCCCGGCGUCUUCGGCCCCAUUGCCGAUUUGUGGUGCUCGCCGGCCAAGGUGCGGACGGACGUCGACGUGUGUUUGCAGCGGGCGCUGCUGCACUGCCAGACCGCCGAGGAGGAGCGGGUGCGGUGUUUCCUGGCGGCGCUGAACGAGAGCUGUCCGGACGUGGCGCCGGCCGACCGCGACCACGUCACCGCCGCAGUCAAUAACGUCUUGGCGCCGUUCUCCGCGCAUCCGCUACGGAACCGCCUCCUCAUUAUGCUGAAACUACUGAAUGACACGGAUACCGCGCCGGCAUCCGCGGCAUCCGCUGGCGCUGCGGGAGGCCAGCCGUCCGGCUUGUCCAAACUGGCGAUCCUCGCCUUCAAAUACUCCUUCCCCAACGAAGUGACGCCCCGCUCGCAGAGCCCCAUCCGCGCCUCACCCAAGCCCCGCCUCCUCGGCCACGACAAUGAGGGGGACUUUUCCCGGCUGGCGCCCGACCCGCGCGCCAUCCAGACGCGCCUCCCCAAAUUCCAGAUUUUCAUGUGAAAUGAAACACCGCCACCGGAAAUCAUAGGAAUUAAAUGGUUUUACAAGGAAUCGAUACGUAUUUUUGCUUUCACGAAUUUCUAAUUAAUUGUAUAACUGUUCAAAGUAUUAACACAUAAAGGUUUUUGAUAUCAGUAAUAAUUCGUUUUAUUCUUAUAUACAUAACUGAUAAUGCUGAAUUGAUUUUAUAUUACUGUUUUUCAUGCCAGAUUUAUUUGUGUACAGUUAAUACUUAAUACAAUUUCAUGUAUUUGCCGCACCAGUGUUAAAUGAUUUGUAGAAUUUAUUGUGCAUUUGUCUGUGCAAAAAUCAG